AUGCGUACUGAACAUCCGGAUCAAGUCAGCUUUUGCCCUUUUACUCUACGCGAGGUUUCUGUCCUCGCUGAGCUGACCUUAGGACACCUGCGUUAUUCUUUGACAGGUGUACCGCCCCAGUCAAACUCCCCACCUGGCACUGUCCUCGAACCGAAUCACGUGGAAGCCAUGAGCGUUAGCUUAGGAUCGACUAACUCACGAGCAACUACUGUUCACGCGAAACCCUUCUCCACAUCAGUCCUCCAGGGCCUCACUGGAGUAUUUGCUACUACCACCAAGAUCUGCACCAACGGAGGCUCCAGGCAGGCUCACGCCCAGACCCUUCUGCGCUCUCCGUCGCGCACGUCCUACUCGUUACGGCCUAAUAACGAAUCGCUGCGGUCCUCCAUCCAGGUUUCCCCGGACUUCGACCUGACCAGGCAUAGUUCACCAUCUUUCGGGUCCCAGCAUGUAUACUCAGAGCGCGCCUGCAAUCACAGACUGGAAAUGAGACGCCUCGAGAGUGCGAGAGGCCGAUCUAGAUCGACGCUCCAUCCUCCCUAA